CAUUUUGACAAUUAAUAAUUUUGUAAAACAUUCACAAACAAAAAGAACAAAAUAUGGACAAUUUAUCACAACAAAUAGACGAAUUAGAGGCCCUAAAAUCGAUAUUCGGAGACGAAUGGCAUGUAGAUACCGGUACUGGAACGUACCACAUAGAUAUUACAAAAGAAGUGAAAAUGUAUAUAACUUUAACACCUGAAUAUCCAUCUAAUGCUCUACCAAAAUAUGAAUUAUUGGCUCCUAAUUUAAAUAUUGAUCAAAAGAGGAAGAUAGAACAGAAAUUUCAAAACCUCUACAAUACCGAAGGUGGCGGCCCUUUGAUUUAUCAAAUGAUAAUGAUCAUAGAGGAUAUAGCGAAGAAAAGUAAUAGCAAAUCUAGCAGUAAAUCACCCUCAAAUAGUGAAGUUGUUGUUGAAAAUACUGAGAAAAAAUUAGAGCCGAAGCAAUCCUCAUUAAAAAUUCAUCAUGGACCAACAAUAGUGGAUAGAAAAAGCGUAUUCCAAGGGCACGUGUGUGAAGUUCACUGUAAGGAAGAUGUGAGCGCUUUUAUGGAAGAACUUCUUGAAAAUAGAAAAAUAGCCAAUGCUACGCACAAUAUUUCUGCGUACAGAAUACUCCUCCCUAACAAUGUAGUACUGCAGGACUGCGAUGAUGAUGGGGAAAACAAAGCGUCUUCCAGGGUUCUCGAAUUACUACAAACUUUAAAACUGAAUAAUGUAAUGGUGGUAAUUUCCAGAUGGUAUGGUGGUAUUCAACUUGGGCCGGAUAGAUUUAGGCAUAUAAACAACGCUGCACGACAAGCAUUAGUCGAGUCAGGCUUAAUUAAAAGCUGAAUUUCUUAAUAUUAAUUUAUUGCAAAUAAAUAAUGUUACUGUUGAAUGUUGGAACAAAUACAAUUUUUAAUUUAUGUAUAACGUUACACAAGAAAUACGGACCGAUACAAAUGAAUAACUCCAAAUUACAUUAAAAUUACGGUGGCAAAUUGUACCUGACCGACUCGUUAUGAAUUGCUCUAAUCAAAUCUUGAUUGAUAGAAAAUAUGAAUCUUAAACAGGCUAUUUCUACAACUGCAUUAUCGUAUAAACGAAUUUUGUUGCCAGCCAUAAUCGGUUUACCAUCUACAAAUAUGGGUCUUUUGCCCUCGGAA